UAUUUAACCAGCCUAUCAUUUCCCAGGGGAGUUCUGCAUAUCCACAUGGGUGGCCAAAACAACGCGUGCCUCGACAAGCUAGAGAAUUAAUUAUGACUUCGAAAAGAAAACCGACACCGUAUCCCCACGAGUUUAAGCGUGAUCUCCUCUUGAUAUUUAGCCAGGACUUUUGGGGGGGAUUGUUCCAAUAGCACACUACGUCGGCGGUCGCCCGUCGACUCGAUCGCGUGCACUGUCUCUGGUGUUGUUUAUUGGCUGACUCGCGCCGCUCUCUCGUGCGGAGUGAUAGCGAGAGCUGUGGGGUCCCGUGAACACCGAUAGAGUGCACUCUGCUCCACAGACACGCGCGCGCGCAAGAAGGGGCGCCAGCAACUGUUCUCAUCGUAGUCUAUAGCUUCGGGGUCACUUCUAGAUCGUGGACUGAUUUCUUCGGCACCUCGAGAAUAUAUUGCAAAUGAUCAGCAUUUAGGUCGCCGGAAAACGCCUGUACCGGCACGGAUAUUCACGUGCUUGGUGGAAACUCGUACUGACCACAUCGCGGUGUACACACGCUCCAGUGUUUCCUCCUGAUCUGAGGAUAAUUGGCACGCGCGCUCUCUCCCUCCCUGCUGUCUUUCUCUCUCGCAAAUCAUGGAAUUAUGGAUAAAGUUUAUAUUUUUCUGCGGUUGGUGCGUCGGAGCAAGUGCAGACUUUGACGGCAGGUGGCCACGGCAGAUGGCCCCCUCCAACGGCCUGUGUCGCUACGGGGCCCGGAUGGACUGCUGCUGGGGCUGGACCCGCCGCUCCUGGGGCCACUGCCAACCGCUCUUCGCCCUAACACACAGGGUAGCCGGAAUACGAUGCCAACCUCAAGCCCAGUGCCAGCCCGGGUGUAAACACGGAGACUGUGUCGGACCCAACAAGUGCAAGUGCCACGCGGGUUUCACUGGGAAGACCUGCAACCAAGACCUGAACGAGUGUGGCCUGAAGCCGAGGCCCUGUAAACACAGGUGCAUGAACACCUACGGGAGCUACAAGUGCUACUGCCUCAACGGCUACAUGCAGAUGUCUGACGGGACCUGCGGAAGUGCCCGUACGUGCGGCAUGGCCAACUGCCAGUACGGCUGCGAGGUGUCCAAGGGGGAGGUCCGCUGUCAGUGUCCAUCGCCAGGGCUACAGCUGGGGCCCGACGGGAGGACCUGCGUGGACGUGGACGAGUGUGCCACGGGGAUUGCGGUGUGUCCCCGCUUCAGGAAGUGCAUCAACACGUUCGGGAGCUACAUCUGCAGGUGUCACGAAGGGUUCGACCUGCAGUACAUCGGCGGGAAGUACCAGUGUCGAGAUGUGGACGAGUGCUCUUCAGGCCGGAGCGACUGCGGGAGCUACGCUACAUGCUACAACACGCCGGGGUCCUUUAAGUGCAAAUGUAAAGGCGGCUACGGGGGGAUGGGCCAGUACUGCAAACCCGUGCCCAAGGUGUUCAUCGCCCCCGGAAGACCCGGGACCCCCCCCCCGAACCACCACAACCACCUCCCCGACGUGGACCAGCGACGGACCACCACCACCCUCCGCCCGCCGGUGACCCCCAAGAGAAUACCCUACGUCAAACCCCGGACCACCACCAUCAGCACCACCACCACCACCACCACCACCACCACCAAGGCAUCCCCUCCAAAGAGGGUCACCCCGGUGAGGCACAAGCCCCUGGUUCCCACCCGGAGGCCCUUCAUUCCCACCCGGAGGCCCGUCAUUCCCACCCGGAAGCCCGUCAUUCCCACCCGCACGCCGCCGGCGGUCCCCCACAAGCCCUACGUGCCGCCCAGGCGACUGCCGGCAGCGCCGCCCCCGGCAACUGCACCACCUCCGCCACCACCCCCACCGCCCCCGGCCCGCAAAGUACCCGUGGCGCCCCCGACCAGGCGGGCCCCGCCGGCCACGCCCGUAGACAACAGCAUCGGGAAGGAGGUGACGAGGCAGAGAGGAGACGUCCACAUUCCACGGAACCACGACCACAACACGGUGGUGGGGGGCCUGGACUUUGACAUCGAGCCGGGGAACACGGCGGACGAGCCUAACGACCAGCCCAGAGAGGACUGGCCCGGGGCCGACGCCCAUCAGCACCCAGAGUCGGGCUAUCUGAGCUGCUCUUUUGACCAGGGGCUGUGCGGCUGGAUCAAGGACAAAGACGGAGACCUGCACUGGGAGACCACCGCUGAUCCAGCAGGGGGACGCUUCCUCACCAUCCCCGAGGCGGCGGCGGCGGCGGCGGGGGGGGGCAGCCGGAGGAGGAGCGGCCGGGGGGCGCGGCUGGUCCUCCCCCUGACCCCGCCCUGGGACCAGGGCAACCUGUGCCUGUCCUUCCGCCACAGCCUGGAGGGCCACCACGUGGGCAUGCUGCAGGUGUUUGUGAAGAAGGGCCGACAGUACAGCCCCGCCGUGUGGGGCCGGACGGGGGGCAGCGGCUGGAGGCACACCCAGAUCACCCUGUGGGGCACCGGGCUGGAGAGCGUGAUCCUGAAGGGGGAGCGUGGGCGGGGCAAGAGCGGCGAGAUGGCGGUGGACGACAUCACACUGAGGAAAGGCUCGUGCGUGGAGGAGCACAGCAGCGUGAGGAGACUUUGAUGCACACACCCGGUCGAGGACGCAGUGGUAACCCAUGACAACAAAGGGUGAAGAAGAAGAGAGGAUAUUAAUAUCUGACUCUGAGAGCAGACUCUUAAUUGUGUCACAGCCCCCCCCCCCCCCACACACACACAUACAUACACACACACACACACACACUCCUCUCCCCGUGAAACUGCUGUGUGGAGUCCAUUGUGAAACACUAUUUCCCCAACAGUUCCAAACAAUUCAGUGCGUUUCGACCGACUCUCACGGUGCGAAAGACUUAGGGUCUCGGCUGUCCUCCCUCGUCCCCUACGACCACCUGCGUCCCUCUGUAAAAACGUGUGCAUGUGCAACCAGAGAAAGCCCCAUGCCUUAACGCAGCCCUAGCAGGCCCUCACCCUGACGGCUAUACACUGCUCACCAAGACCUUGCCGUUUCGGACCAGCGCUGCAGCCACUAAAGUGUUUUCUGUCUUUAAUACUUUUCCUUUGAUGCCUUGCUUCGAUUUGCGCACCACAAGCCAUACGGUUAGACUGUCAUUUUUUUUAAUUUGCUUGUAUGUUUUGCAGAAGGUUUUCGUCACAAAUGUUUCGGCAAUCGAAAUUUACCACAGACACAGACCGUACGUUGAGGAUGACAGGACAAUGGAGUUGUGGUAUUUUGUUUAGUUCUUUUAAUCUAGGAUUAAAGAAUUGUCACACACACCACACACAGUAUUGCCCCCAGCAGGUGUGUCAUACAACAGGCCACCGAUAAGACAGUUUGUCUUCCUUUCUAAUAUUGGCCCUGAUGUAAUCAUCAUAACCUCUGACAGCAUUUAUAGCUGCUUGGAACGCAAGUGUGUGUUUCGAAUACUUGGAAAUUGGUGAAUCGGGAUAAACGAAUUGUUUCUCUGACGUGAGAUGGGCAGUUUGUUUUUACCACAGUAUCGGCUUUCUUAUAUUAAGUGUGGAUUUGUUAUACAAAAAAGGACACAGUAAUUGCUUUCUAGGCUUUGGAUUACAGUAAAUGUAGUUCAGUGUACAUACUCUUAAAUAUCAAUAUAAUAACGCAGACUAAUCGUUGUAUAAAGGUCACACCAUGUUGUCGGUUGAAUCAUUAAAAAAAAAGAGGAUAACUUGAUUUGCUAACUUGACUUACAAAUAGAGACGUUGUGCAGUGCGAGGCGGUGUAUAAAUAUGUACUUUAUGUUCAUGUGGUUUGGUAAAUUAAUAAUAAUACUAUGUUAAUUAAAUGAAGGGCUGUGGUUGGAGAUUACAGAGGGUCUGUAAACGCAUGGAUGCAUUCAGCACAUUUAGUCCAACUCAGUCAGCUAUGUAAAUAAAAUUGUUUUGACUGAUAUGCA